CUGAAAACGGUGCGGCAGGGGUGGCCACCCAAGCACUCAUCUUGCUUUUGCCAUCGGUAGUUUUUCAAGGGUGCUUGUUAGGCCCAACUGAAAUGCUAGCAAUGUGGAACACCCUUGACCAUGAAAUACUUCUGCCAGGCGCCUCGGGGCUCCCAAGUUCUUUGCGUUAGAGGCAGGAAUUAAUUGCAUUCCUCCUCGCGCCAGCGCCGAGUCCUGAGCACCGGCUGACAGUUAAAGGAGGGAUUCCCGGAAGAAAACCGGUGUGUCUGUCUGUCCUCUUGGAGAGAAGCUGGCUUGCGAUUGACCAGGACUCAGUUCGCCCUCCAUUCAUUCCCAGAGUUGCGGCGCUUGCUUCUGCUCCUGCCCCGGCUCCUGCUCCGGCUGCAGCUCCUGCUUGCGGAGGCGGCUGGCGAUGGAUGAAGGUUUUCCCAGGCCAGCUCCCUCUGCACAGCUGCCCGAGCCUCUGCCUGCCGCAGACUCCUGAGCCCGACCCUGAGCCGCGCGCCCGACCGACCCGAACCGGACCGGGCGCCAUGCGCUGGUACCCCGGGGGCCGGGUGUGCGCCUAUAGCUCUGCGCGCCAUGUGGCCGCGGCGGCGCGAUGACCCGGGCGGCCAGGCCGGCGCCCCCCGGAGCCGGCGGCUGUGUGCCCUGUGCGCCCCGCGGUUGCGCGCGCUCUGCAGCGGCCGGCGGCCCCGGACCCGCAGGAACCUGCUGUUGGGCACGGCCUGCGCCCUCUACCUGGGCUUCCUGGUCAGCCAGGUGGGGCGCGCGUCGCUCCCGCCGGGACAGGCUGUUGCCAAGGGCCCACUUCGCGGCCGCGACCCCGCGCAGGCCUCCUUCCCCGAGAUCCCCCUGGACGGCACCCUGGCCGCUCCGGAGUCCCCGGGCAACGGUAGCGCCCUGCAGCCCAACGUGGUGUACAUCACCCUGCGCGCCAGGCGCAGCAAGCCGGCGCACAUCCGCGGCACGGUGAGACCCAAGCGCAGGAAGAAGCACGCGACCUCGGGGGGCCUUGGAUUCGGGGUCCCCGCGGGGACGUCCUCACAGACCGAGGCUGGGGUGCGCGGCGCCGAGGUGCGUGAGCCGCGUCCCGGCCUGCUCCGGCCGCCCCCGGCCCGGGAGAGCGGCAUCAGGCUGUACAGCGAGCGCGCCCCCGCGUGGCUGAGCAGCGCUGACCUCCGCAGCCUGCGCCUGCUGGCCGACGGCGCGGUGUCCUCCGCCUCGGCCUCCGCGGGCGACGGCGGGGCGCGCCUGCUGCUUCUGGGCGACCUCGAGGCCGGCGCCCCGCCCCGCUGCGGCCCCAGACCCUGCGCGCUGCUCAAGCGGCCCCUGGACAUGAGCGAGGUAUUCGCCUUCCACCUGGACCGGAUCCUGGGCCUCAACAGGACACUGCCCUCUGCCAGCAGGAAAUCGGAGUUCUCCCCAGGUGGCCGGCCCUGUCCUCUCAUCCUCUGGGACUCAUCUCUAGCUCCUGCCAGUAAUGACACCCAUUCUUCAGUUCAGCUCACCUGGGGAGCGUAUCAGCGCUCCCUGAGUCAGAAGUGCUGGCUACAUGGCCGGGUGCCCAGGCCUGAGUGUGACUGCCCAGAGAUCCAUCACUACGAGUGGUCCAAGCUGGCGCUCUUCGAUUUCUUGCUACAGAUUUAUAAUCGAUUAGACCCACAUUGCUGCGGAUUUAGACCUCGCAAGGAAGAUGCCUGCGUCCAGAAUGGACAGAGGCCAAAGUGUGAUGACCAAAAUUCUGCAAGGCUGGCGCACAUCAUCCAGCGAAAGCAUGACCCACGCCAUUUGGUCUUCAUCGACAAUAAGGGUUUCUUUGACAGGAGUGAAGAUAACUUAAACUUCAAAUUGUUAGAGGGCAUCAAAGAGUUUCCCGAAUCUGCAAUUUCUGUUUUGAAGAGCCAGCACUUACGACAGAAACUCCUGCAGUCUCUGUUCCUGGAUAAGGUUUACUGGGAAAGCCAAGGAGGGAGGCAAGGGAUUGAAAAGCUGAUCGACGUAAUAGAACAGAGAGCCAGAAUCCUCAUCACCUACAUCAAUGCCCAUGGGAUCCAGGUGCUACCCAUGAAUGAAUGAAAAGGCCAGAGUGCUAGGUCCAUUCAGGCAGCACGGACCACACAGCCUUCCAGGCGUGAGGCAGUGCAGGUGAAGGCAUGAAAUCAGUGAACUCAACCACGUAGACCUAAUGGAUCUGAACACUGUACGCAGACAUAUAAAGGAUUUAAAAAAUGGGCUGCUCAGAAUAUAUAUUUGUAUUUUUCUCUAAUAUCACAAUGUGUCUCAGCCUCUGAUUGUAGAAUAAUUCUAGUCCUUCUACCUAGCUUUUAACAGUAAUUGCCAUUUAGUGGAGCAGAAUAAACCAGAGGUACUGACUUUCAAUAAACCACAUUUUAGACUGUUUUGAUGGAUCUGACCAACUCUAGUGGGAGUGGUUUGUGACUUUCUUCUGUUGCUGAUUGUUAAAACUUCCCAGAUGCAGCAUUACCCAGAGGUGAGUCUACACUGGAUUGUUCAGAAAACUGCCGGCACCUACAGCACUUUCCAAAUACAAAUAGUGGAUUAAUUAUAAAAUCACCAGCAUAAUUUCUGAAGUGUCUACAGAUUAUCAUCCAUCUCUGAGAGUAAGAUUUAUCUUAUUGUCAAUAUAAAAACAUGUGUUUAACAAUUUAUAUAUUUAUUAGUUUAUUUACUCUAUUUGAUCAAAUUUUUUGUCUAGCAGUUUAGAAAUUAAUUCAAAGGUAAGAAUUUGCCUGUUUGAAAAUGAACUUAUGGAGUGUCUUUUAUGGAUGCUUAAAAAAAUUUUAUUGUUUUACAGAAAUAUACUAUAAUUCUGUAUACUUAAUAAUAGUGGAUUUGUUCUGUGUAAUUAUAUUUACUCUGAUUUAGUUGAUAAUGCCCACAUGUAGCAGUAUGUUCACAUAUUCACUGUGUUUAUUACAGCCGAUAUUGGAAGUACAAAUAAAAUAAAUUAAAACUUAACUGUUCAGUUCUUUCCAAGGAGGGUACAUGACUAGAGCUAAAGCAGCGAAUUCCAACAAUAUUAAGCUUUAAAUAGUUCUCCGUAAUCUUCUUGCAUUGACUUCUAAAUAAUGGUGGAAGGACUUUUGAUAUAAUGUUCACUGUUGGACCUUUGUGUCCCUGGGAGACAAAGAGUCUAAAUUUGUCGAUGGCAUGAAUUUUCACGUCGAGCUUUCAAAUUUGGAAUAAAUCAUCAUGUCUCUCUCUCCAUCUUCCAUCUUAUCCCUUAUUUAACAGCUGACUUUUUCUCUGCAUGAAAAUUUCAGAAUAUAAACUAUGAAUAUUCAUAAUACUCUCUCUUCUCUCAGUCUGUGUGAUUUUCUAAUGGGCACCAUAUUCUCUCUGAUUAAGAGUAAAUCAAUAUCAAGGGAUAUUGAAGACAGCACAACACAAGCUAGAUUCUAUGCAUAGAUGCCAGUUUGCACCAAUGCAUGGAUCCAGUUGUUUAAUUAGCAUGCUGUGUACAAGACCAAGGAGAGAGGCAUGAUUUGAUCACCUGCUGUGACUUCUAAAUUCACAUUUAGAGGUAUCUAAACUCACAUUCAGUGACCACAUGUAGCAUCUGCAUUUUCUUCCUUCGUCCUCGAAACUGAUCUUUGGACCAUUCUUUGACAUUUCCUUUUGUGCCCCCAAGCUUCUCUCUGUCCUGAAAAUUCAUACUGUUUUUUGACUCUCUCGAGUCCCCUUUUUUAUCUCCAUUUCUGAAUAUCCUUUCAUCACUUAUUGUCUUAAUGAAAAUUAAAAAAGAUUUGGGGUCCUGCUUCUACUUUGACUAAGCCACUGACUUGCUGUACCUUUCUGGCAAGUUGCCUUUCUGUCUUGUUUUACUGUGAUGACGCACUUCCAUUUUCAUGUACUUUUGACAGAAUUUACCAUCUGAAUGGAAAUUUAUGACCCCAAUGGCAGGUGAGGGUGGGAGUGAGUGCCCUCCGAAGCCAGCGUUAGUGUGGUCCUGAGUUGUGCGUCUGGGCAGCCUGGUGCGCCCAUCCGCGUGUCUGAAUGUGCUCUCUCCAGCUCUGCCAGCACGCUGAGUGCUGAAUGCUGAAUGAAAAGUCCGGGAACACAUGUUCAGCUUUGCUACAUUAACUACUGCUCAAUGCACUCCUUCUAAAAUCAGCAGAUGAUUCCUGCUGUAUUAUUUUUGAAUAAUGGGUAGCUGAAAGCCAAAUUUUUAAUUCAAAUAGGUAUCACUCUUUCCUAAUUGCAACAAUGAGGAUACUUCAUGCAUUUCAAAUACAGGCAGAUUUUGCUCUGAUGUGGUUCACAUGGGCAUAUUAUGUGGUUUAUUUAUAACAUAACAGAUUUAAAAUAAUAUUGUUUAUUAUGGUGGACAUGCAAAAGCUUAUGUGAUUAAUUUUCUUUAAGCUGUGGAUAUGAAAAUAAAAGUAUAUUUUAAACCUGUAAUAAAAAAUUAGAAAUUAAACAUA